GAAUCUCACUUUGACGAGAGACCCAUUCACUUUUCCUUUCUUAUUCUUCGUUCAAAAAACACAACCUUUCAACGAAAGUGUCCGUCUUCUUCUUCUUCGGAUCUUCGUCUUCUUCUUCUGAAGUUCCUCAUGUGUAGCUAGGAAUGGUAUAAUUGGAUCUGUUCCUGGAGCGGCUGAUUGUCAGAACAAGCAAUCGCUGUAGUUACGUAUUUCCUCAGUCAUAAAGAGAGAACAGUUUGGUGUUUUGCAGUGAAUCCUUAUUCGAUCUUUGACGCGUCUGUUUUGGUGCUUUACCAGUAGGGUUUUGCAAUUUUCUAUAAGAAUCGAUCUGGGUUUUUGUUAGUUUCUGUUUGGGCCCGGCUUCUUGUCGGAUUGAUGUACAAUCCGGUCUUGUUCUCGAUGAUUUUCCCCUGAGAGAUCGAUGUGUUGUUGUGGUGAAGGGAAUUUCUGAGUGAAGAUUGGAAGUGGGUUUUUGGUUUUUGGGGGGAUUUAGACAUGUCAGGUGAAGAUUGGAUUGAGCUCAAGUUUAGGCUUGCAGAUGGAUCCGACAUCGGUCCGAGCAAGUACAGUCAAUCUAUGACCGUGGCGUCUCUCAAAGAGAAAAUCAUUGCCCAAUGGCCUAAAGACAAAGAUAAUGCUCCAAAGACAAUAAACGAUGUGAAACUUAUCAAUGCCGGGAAAAUACUGGAGAACAACCGGACGCUUGCUGAAUCUAGGCUUCCAGUUGGUGAACUUCCUGGAAUGGUGAUCACAAUGCAUGUUGUUCUUCGUCCUCCGACUAUAGACAAAAAGAGUGAAAAACUGCAGAAUGAUCCUCCGAUAAAGAACAGGUGUGCAUGCUCCAUUUUGUAGCCCCAAGUAAUGCACUCUAUAGAUUUUUAUAUGUCAUGCUGAUGGGUUACUGAAUGCUCCAUGAAACUGCUUCCAAAGCAUCAGCAUCAAGAAGUUUCCUUCAGUACAAGCUGGUGGGCAUGCACAUGAAAACACGGAAUCUCCAGUAUAAAGAUUUAGUAUCCUGUGUGGUUGGUUGUUCAUUUUCUUCAUUGUUUGUCAAAGUGGUUCAAGCCAUUGUACUGUUGGAUUGGAAACUGUGGUUCUUGAAGAUGUGAUUUCAUACGUUGUGUUUAGAACAAGAUUUGAGGGGGGCAAAAGCAAAGGAUACAUGGGUUACUGUUCAACAAAAACAUGUUAUUGUA